AUGCGUAUUACACGAGGAUUCUUGCACCCUGCCCUCAAAUUUCGGCACUACUGGUCAAAUCCCAGGAGACUGAUCCGGCUAGGCCAGAUAAAGUCGGCGCAUUGGCACCUAUUAAAAGUGGUCGGCUCGAUUUUCGAUUUCAUGGAGCGUAACUACAUGAUGAAAUGGGUCCAGGAAGUCGGCAUGACCGGCGAUGUCCCUGAAUAUAUACAGGGUCCAAUGCGGAUUAUAUAUUUGUACGAAUCGGCCAAACUGCUGUUGCAUCAGUCAGUCCUUCAACCGAGUUGGCCAUUUUUCCUGGAAGAGCUAGAAAACGCAGGCGCUCUCAGUGUUGCGGAGAUUGUCGAGGUGGGUUAUUAUAGGUUCGCUAUUGGCGUAAAUACCCCACUCAAUGACGUUAAUAGCGCUAUCGCCAAGCUACAGGGUACGGAGCUGUCCCCUUACGAUCACGACUUGCACCAGUACAACAACAUUACGUGA